CAUGGCUGCGCCCGCGCGAGGGCCAGCUCUCGGCUGCAGUACCCGGCCGGCUCACGUCUUCUUGUUGCUGGUGCUGGCGUGGGGGGCGGCCGGGAGCGAAGAGGCCGUGGCCGGGGAAGGCGCAGCGUCCCUCGCGGGCUCGUGCGGCUGCGGAACGCCCCAGCGGCCCGGGGCCCAGGGCAGCUCGGCGGCCGCGCAGCGCUACUCCCUGGAGGCGAACGCCCCGGGCGUGGACCCGAGCCCGCGACCGCUCGCGCUCACCAAGGUGCGCCUUCCCUUCCUGGGCCAUGUGGGUGCUGCCGGACUCCGGCGUGAGGACGGGAUGGGCCAGGCUCGGGGUGUUUAG